AUGAACCAUUCUAGACUGUUCUUUUCACUACGAGCUUUGACUUCUAAACGAUUGUUUCAUGGUAAGCCACAAUUGAAGAUUAAUGGAGUCGUCUACGAUACGCAUUCUGAUUUCACAAAUGUGUCUAGCACAAUCUUGAAUUUGAGUGACCGCUCACUGCAUCUCGAGCCUGCUCAUCCAAUUGGGGUCUUGAGAAAGCAGAUCGAAGAUAAAUUGAACUCAACUUCAAACUCUUAUCAAUAUUAUAACGAUUUUCGUCCGGUGGUCACAGUAGAAGAAAACUUCGAUUCGCUUGGCUUCCCGGCAGACCAUCCGGGAAGAUCCAAAAGUGAUACUUAUUAUGUUAACGACAAAUAUUUGUUUCGAACUCAUACUUCCGCCCAUGAAUUGGAGUGUUUUGGUAACAUCCAAGGAUUUUCGCCCAGGACUGAGAAAAGAGCGCCCACUGAGAAACCGGGAUUUUUAAUCACCGCAGAUGUUUACAGAAGAGAUGAAAUCGACAGAACGCAUUAUCCGGUAUUUCAUCAAAUGGAGGGUGCUCGUGUAUGGAAAAGAUCAAGCGAGAAGAGUUCGGAAAGCCACGAACCGCUGCACAUCCAAAAGAUACGAGAUGAUCUGUGUAAACUGGAAAAACAGCUACGCGAAGAAAGCAGCAAUUUGGUGGUCGAAGAUGACAAAAGUUUAGAAAGCAACCCGAAACAGGACUACAUGUCAGAUUUGGAAGUCGAUUUGUGUUCUCAGCAUCUCAAGAGGACUAUCGAGCUUUUGGUAGCACAAGUUUUCAACAAGAAGCUACAAUCCAUGGGUAGCGAAGACCAAGGCGCUCAGCUCCAAGUUCGCUGGAUCAAAGCUUAUUUCCCUUGGACUGCUCCUUCAUGGGAAAUCGAGGUUUUCUGGAAGGGUGAAUGGCUCGAGCUUUGUGGGUGUGGUCUUGUUCGUGAACAGGUCUUAUUGAACGCCGGAUACGAAAAAGACUCUACGGUUGGCUGGGCUUUUGGGCUUGGACUUGACAGAAUAGCCAUGUUACUAUUCGAAAUCCCUGAUAUUCGCCUUUUCUGGACCCAGGACGAAAGAUUUCAUUCGCAAUUCCACGAGGGCCAAAUCACAAGAUUUCAACCUUAUUCCAAGUAUCCAGGCACAACACGGGAUGUUGCAUUCUGGCUUCCUGAACAAAAAGAGUCAUCUCUCAUCCACGAAAAUGAUAUCAUGGAAAUAGUUCGAGAAGAGGCAGGCGAUAUGGUUGAAAGUGUGAAACUCAUUGACCAAUUUACACAUCCCAACAGCAACAAGAAAUCCCUCUGCUAUCGAAUCAAUUAUCAAUCCAUGGACAGAAACCUGACAAAUGAGGAAAUCAACAAAAUUCAGGAAAAUGUGCGCAGCCAAUUGGUUCAAAAUUACAAGGUGUCAUUGCGUUGA